ACUUUGGGAGGUAAAAUAAUACUCCACCGUAUUACGCAACUCGGUCACCGGCUACGCGGCUAUGGACGGCAGUCAGAUCAUACAUAUAUACAUAGCAUCAGAAUCAGAAUCAGAAAGAAAAAGAAAACAUAGGGACGCUUGAAAAUAUACAUAUACGUACAUAUAUGAUAUACAUAUAAACAUGCAUCCCCGGAAAGAACUUUGCCGGAACUUCCAGCGUGGCUACUGUCAAUAUGGUGAACGUUGCAGAUUUCUUCAUGCUAGUCAACAACAGCAAGCAAAGCCAAACCCUUUUGGACUUGGUACACAAAGCACUAAUAGUUCUCAACCUCAAAAACCCAAUCCGUUUGGGUUCGGUGUUAAGAAUAAUAGCCAAACCGCAUUUAACUCUAAUCAGUUCAAGCCUGGUGAAAAUAAGUGGAGUCGAUUUGGCCCAACAAAUGCUCCAGCCUCACAAAAAGAGGAUAAGCAGUCUUCGGCGCUUAACCACGUGUGCACAGAUUCAGAGUCCUGCAAGCGCCAAAUUGCUGAAGAUCUAAACGAGAAACCAGUUUGGAAACUUACAUGUUACGGUCACUCUAGAAAUGGCCCUUGUGACAUUGUUGGAGAUAUUAGCUAUGAAGAAUUACGAGCUGUUGUAUAUGAUGAAGUUAAACGUGGGACGAGCAUGCAGUCGAUUGUGGAGAGAGAGAGGAGCUUACUUAAUUCCAAGUUGAUUGAAUUUGAAAAUUUACUUUGUAAUCCCUAUCCAUCUCCACAAAAUUCAACCCUUACUACCCAGAAUGCCUUUUCCGGAACUAAUGUCCCUUCUUCGGCUCCGGGUUUCAGCCAAGUGGGUACAAACUUCAAUUCUGGAGCUAAUACAAAUGUAUUCUCUCAAACAAUUCAAAAUAGAGGCCCAACUCCAGUUACAAGUUUCAGUCAAUUGAAUACAAACUUCAAUACAAGUUUUCAAAUGAGUCCGGAUGCUCCAAAUAAUGCUUCUGGGCCAGUAAGUCAGUUCCAAGCUCCUACUCAUAUUUCAACUCCAUCCCAGAACAGCUUUGCUUUUGGAAUUCCAGGUCAACUGAGCGGUCAACCCUCUAAACAGUCAUUUGUUAGCUCCUUCCCCGCCUCGACAAGUAGCUUCACCAACCCGUUCCCUGUCGCUGCAACUUCACAAAAUCCUUCUGCUACGCAAGACCUUCCAAGUGCAAGUAGUAAUAAUGACUACAGUAUAUGGUUAAAAGACAAAUGGAGAGCGGGAGAGAUUCCUGAAGAAGCCCCUCCAGAUGGAGUCGUUUAUUAGCCAAGAAGAAAGUUUCAUUUUUUUCCACUUUCCAUUGAAAUAUAUCCAAACUUUAUGUAGUUGUUUUUUUUAAAAAUUUUUCCCGGGACCAAACUGUAGCCUUUUAUACAAAUGAAAUGUCAUAAACAUGACAAGAACAUUAUGGGUUUUGUGUUGUUAUUUACAUUUAUUUUUUGGUAA